AUGGCGGACGUUGAAGGAGGGAGACAAAAGAAAAGAAGAAAGCUCAACUUUACGGUGACCGAAAUAGACACUUUGACCAGCAGAGUGCAAGAAAAUUUAGGACUAAUCCAGUCAAAACUAACCAAUGCGGUAACGAAUCAGAAAAAAAAUAAAAUUUGGGAGAAUAUCACAAAAGAAAUAAACGCGAUAGGGGUGGCAAACCGCACAACAAGCGAAAUUAAAGAGAAGUGGAAGAACCUGACCAGCUCCGCUAAGAAAACGUUUGCCGAUGUGAAUAGGCAGAUGCGAAAAACUGGAGGUGGUCCUCCACCUAAAGAACCCACUGCAGCGCAAGAGAGGAUAAUCAAAAUAUUUGAAGAUACUCCUCUUUUUACCGGAUUAAGCGGCUUUGAAACAGACGGACAGGAUAGACAAUCCUUGGAGGGUUGUAGCACGCCCGCACUUAGAGACGGUAUCCUUCAAGAAUUAACAGAAGUAGGACAACUCGACUCAGAUGAUUCAGAUGAAGAUAAUUAUGAUCGUGAAAAACAGCGUCCGAUACCACCAUCUUUCAAUAAGGAAGAAGUCUUUACUCCUAAUUGUUUACCUGUGCCCACCACCCUUAUCCCCGCCCUCCCUCCACCAAGCAAAACAGAACGAAAAAGGAGAAUAACAAACCAAGAGGUUUUAAAGCUGCAAGCUGAAGUUCUACAACACCAGAAAGAAGUUUUAAUAUUGAAGAAGGAAAACCUAAAACUAAAAAACCAGGCUUUAAGAGAGGCACAAAAUAGUAUGCUGAAGCUUUGA